CCUGCCCUACUGCCUCCCCCCGCCUGCCUGGGCGACACUCCCCUUCCGCAGCUAUAAGGGCCUCGGACCGUACGCUUCUUUACCCGGAGCCUGUCCGAACGCGGAGCCGCCUUCACCAUGGAGCAGUUGAGCACAGCCAACACCCAUUUCGCCGUGGACCUGUUCCGCGUUUUGAAUAAGGACAAUCCUACUGGGAACAUCUUCAUCUCUCCCUUCAGCAUUUCAUCAGCAUUGGCCAUGAUCUUUCUGGGGACUCGAGGCAAUACUGCAGCACAGGUGUCCAAGACUCUUCAUUUUGAUAUGGUUGAAGAGAUUCAUUCAAGAUUUCAGAGUCUGAAUGCUGAUAUCAACAAAUGUGGAGCUUCCUAUAUCCUGAAACUUGCUAAUAGGUUAUAUGGAGAGAAGACAUACAAUUUCCUCCCUGAGUUCCUAGCUUCAACUCAGAAAAUGUAUGGUGCUGAAUUGGCCACUGUGGAUUUUCAGCAAGCCUCUGAAGACUCGAGGAAGGUGAUUAAUGAGUGGGUCAAAGGGCAGACAGAAGGGAAGAUUCCAGAACUGUUGGAAGCAGGUACGGUUGACAGCAUGACUAAACUUGUGCUGGUGAACGCCAUCUAUUUCAAAGGCAGCUGGGAGGAUGAGUUCCGGAAGGAAGACACUGCGGAUGCCCCAUUCCGACUGAAUAAGAAAGACAAAAAAACCGUGAAAAUGAUGUAUCAGAAGAAGAAACUCCCAUUUGGCUACAUCCAGGACCUUAAGUGCCGUGUGCUGGAACUGCCUUACCGGGGCAAAGAGCUCAGCAUGAUUAUCCUGUUGCCUGAUGACAUUGAGGAUGGGUCAACGGGUCUCAAGAAGAUUGAGGAACAGUUAACUCUGGAAAAACUGCAUGAGUGGACCAAAGCUGAGAAUCUGGAUUGGGUUGAAGUCAACGUCCACUUGCCCAAGUUCAAACUGGAGGAGAGCUAUGACCUCAACUCCCACCUAGCCCACCUGGGUAUAGAGGAUCUCUUUAGUCGCAAGGCUGAUCUGUCUGGCAUGUCAGGAACCAGGGAUCUUUUCAUAUCAAAAGUUGUCCACAAGUCCUUUGUGGAAGUGAAUGAAGAGGGCACAGAGGCGGCAGCCGCUACAGCAGGCAUUGCCACCUUUGCCAUGUUGGUGCACGAGGAGAACUUUGUUGCUGACCAUCCAUUCAUUUUCUUCAUUCGGCACAAUUCCUCAUCUCACAUCCUGUUCUUGGGCAGACUUUCUUCCCCUUAGAGACUGGAAAUACAAGGUCAAGCUUAGAGCUUUGUUAGCUGCACAUUUAAUGGUGUCAAGUUUCACACAUCUUUGCCAAUACCACUAUCAUCCCUAAGCAGAUCUUUAAUUUCACUUGUAAGUUCAGCUCUUUCCUGUUUACAUACACCCAUGAACUUUGGCACAGAUAUCUAUUUUCCUAUUUUUUUUAUAUUGACAAAGUCCAGUGAUUGCUUUUGAAUGCAAGUUAAAAAAAAA